AGACGAUGACGUCAUGACGUCAAGAAGCCCAACAUUUGAUUGAGCGAGCUCGAGCCGAGCGAGUUUAGCAUCUAUUGACACAGCUAGCUAGUGCGCAGCUACAUCCUGAAUGCAUAACAAUAACAGACAGUCCAGCUACUAUUACAACAGCUCUGCUGCAGCUGCACCGUCCUGCAGAGCGUGCUGCUGCCUGAGGGAACAUGUCGCCUAGCAAGGAAGGAUACUGGAGCUUUGUUUUACCCGCAGUGGUUACCUUGCUGCUGCUGGAUGCUGUUGCUUUUGUACAGGCGAAGAACUUUGAGGAUGUUCGCUGCAAGUGCAUCUGCCCACCAUACAGAAAUAUCUCUGGCCACAUCUAUAAGGGAAAUGGGUCCCAGAAGGAUUGUAACUGCCUCCAUGUAGUGGAGCCCAUGCCGGUGCCUGGACAUGACGUGGAAGCUUACUGCCUGUUGUGUGAAUGCAAGUACGAGGAACGAAGUAGCAACACCAUCAAGGUAACCAUCAUCAUUUACCUGUCUGUUGUGGGUGCUCUGCUGCUCUACAUGCUGUUCCUGCUGCUGGUUGAUCCUCUUAUUCGCAAACAUGACGCCUACACCCAGCCACUGCACAACGAGGAGGACUCUGAGGAGAUGCGUCCGCCGGUGGACAGUGCCCAGGCCAAAGGAAACACAGUGCUGGAGCGGGUUGAGGGAGCACAGCAGCGCUGGAAAAAGCAGGUCCAGGAACAGCGCAAGACAGUUUUUGACCGCCACAAGAUGCUUAGUUAAACCCUAUAGCUGACUUCAAAACAGGAUUAGAAUAGGUAACUUCCCUGGGCUCAGCGCUCUCACACUGUCACCAGGUGCACUAUUACUAACAUCUUUCGUCAUUGCUGUGCACGGCACCCUCCGAAUACGUAUUUCAUCAUUAAGAAACAUUUUAACACACUGAUCUAACAAGCAGAUGUUUUUUUUUAUUUAUUAUGUGUAACAUUUUAGCCUACGGUGCAGUUGUGAAAAAACUGCAUGUUUGCAAAAUGCAACAGAUUUUGAAUGUCUUUCUGAAGUAGGAAACUUUUUUUUCUCUAUUUUUGCCAAACUGUAAAUAGCUUUUAAUAUUCCUCAUGAUCAUUUUACUUGCUUCUUGUGAAUUUGGUGUAAUAUUAAGCUGUUUUUCUUGUAGCAUAAUUUAUGAAGUUACCUCAGAAAACAGGUAAGCUUUAUGUUUGUAAAUGGGCAAUUUAUUGGGGAAGCUAUUUGGGUAGAAAGAGUACCCUACCUAUGCUAUUGUCUAGCAUUGCACAUUUCCUAGUUCAGCACUAAUAAUAAUUUAUUUAUUGUAAUUAUUAUCAUUUAUUGUUCCCCCAUUGCUGGGCACAGUAACCUGGGCAUAUUAAGUAUCAUUUUCCCUAAUAGAGUAAUUAAAGAAUGGUACAUUUUGGGCUUUGUAAUUUUAAAGCUUUGACGUUUGCUACAAAUAUGGCCCCAGUAUGUCCCUUCUGUUUCUCUCCUUGUGUGGGUGAAUGUGUUGCAGCAAAUUCCCGUGCAAAACGUGGCUCUUAAUGUUACCAUUUCACAGCUUGUAAAACACAACAGAUGGUAAGGUCUACCCAUACAUUUUGGUGGGUAUAUCGUCCACCAAGUAUUAGUUGUUUGUGUAAAUUAAAUGUGUUAUCUUGAAUUUACGCGUGGAAACUGAUUGGAAAAAGGGUUGUCAGUGAGCUACGCACAAGGCUACAGUUUCGUCUUGUAUUUUGCAGUCGAGUUUUCCCAUGCAAAGACAGAAAUGGAGAACGGAGCAUAUAACAGAGCUUUAAAGCCAUCCUCAGUGUAAUCAAAUCUCUCCCACUGGAGAAUGUCCUAAAUCAGUAAAGCUGCUGAUAAUGCGUUUAAGUGUGGCAGAAUCAGGAUGCGUCAUGGCCCUCAUGUGCAUCAUUAUGUGUUAGUGAAUUCCCCCUCGCAUCCUCCUACUGAAGCUCCCUGGUAGGGAAAUUUGAAUACGCCACGGUGACUCACAUUACCUCAUGCGCAAUGUGAACUACUGAAGUUUAUUUGUGUGUUAUGGUUUGUUUUAUCUUUGAAGUGUUUUUGAUUGAUUGAUUUUAAGUAUAAUUUGAUAUCACUGGUAUCAGUGUUUUGUAUUUAUAUUUAUCUCCAGUCUAACUGGAGUAUUGCACUGCUCAUGUCUAUACAUUCAGCUUGAUGUGAAAUAAAAAAACAAAAAUA